CAGCGCGCCGCUGAGCCCGCGCCCGGCCGCGCCGGCCCCUUCCCAUGCGGGCGGCGCGGGCCCUGGGAGGGGCGCCCGCAGCCAGCCGCGCAGCAUGCACUGGGGGGUUGGCUUUGCCUCGUCCAGGCCGUGCGUGGUGGAUCUGAGCUGGAACCAGAGCGUCUCCUUCUUCGGCUGGUGGGCCGGGUCCGAGGAGCCCUUCUCCUUUUAUGGGGACAUCAUCGCUUUCCCUUUGCAGGAUUACGGUGGGAUCAUGGCAGGGCUGGGCUCCGAUCCCUGGUGGAAGAAAACCCUUUACUUGACCGGGGGAGCUUUGCUGGCCGCAGCUGCGUAUCUGCUCCACGAACUCCUGGUCAUUAGGAAACAGCAAGAGAUUGACUCCAAAGAUGCUAUUAUUUUGCAUCAGUUUGCAAGACCUAACAAUGGUGUCCCCAGUUUAUCUCCUUUCUGUUUGAAAAUGGAAACUUAUUUAAGGAUGGCUGACUUACCCUAUCAGAAUUAUUUUGGUGGAAAACUCUCUGCUCAAGGGAAAAUGCCUUGGAUUGAAUAUAAUCAUGAAAAAGUUUCCGGGACAGAAUUCAUAAUUGACUUUCUGGAAGAGAAACUUGGAGUGAAUUUAAACAAAAACCUUGGUCCUCAUGAAAGAGCCAUCUCCAGGGCAGUGACUAAGAUGGUGGAGGAGCAUUUCUACUGGACCUUAGCUUAUUGCCAGUGGGUGGACAAUCUCAAUGAGACCCGGAAGAUGCUCUCUCUUAGUGGUGGCGGUCCCUUCAGUAACCUGCUGAGGUGGGUCGUGUGCCACAUAACGAAAGGAAUCGUGAAACGCGAGAUGCAUGGCCACGGCAUUGGCCGCUUCUCCGAGGAGGAGAUUUACAUGCUGAUGGAGAAGGACAUGCGGUCUUUAGCAGGGCUUCUGGGUGACAAGAAGUACAUCAUGGGGCCCAAGCUCUCCACCCUCGAUGCUACUGUCUUUGGACACUUGGCCCAGGCAAUGUGGACCUUACCUGGGACGAGACCUGAACGGCUGAUUAAAGGUGAGCUGAUCAAUCUCGCUAUGUACUGUGAGAGGAUAAGGAGAAAAUUCUGGCCUGAGUGGCACCACGAUGAUGACAACACCAUCUAUGAGUCAGAGGAGAGCAGUGAGGGGAGCAAAACACACACGCCCCUGCUGGAUUUCAGCUUUUACUCAAGGACAGAGACCUUUGAAGACGAGGGAGCAGAGAACAGUUUUUCCAGAACCCCAGACACAGAUUUCACGGGACACUCGCUCUUUGACUCUGAUGUGGACAUGGAUGACUACACAGACCAUGAACAGUGCAAGUGACGGGCAGCCUCGCUGACCCUCCUCUGUUGGAGCUGCCACUCCCUGGGGUCAGUCCAGUUUCCCAGGCAGAAAUCCAUUGAUCUGGGAGGAGAUCUUCGUGCUUGGCACAGUUCUCACAAGCUAACUGGAGUAGAGCAGCCUUAUUUCUUUUUUGUACAAACAAGACACAGAACCAUUCCUAUGGCUCCAUUUAAAACAGAGGCAAAAAAAUAAAAAAAGUCAGCAUGGUUCCUGAAAUCCAUUUUUUGUUUUCAUUAGAAAACUAACAUUGUGUGGUAGAGCAGUGCAAGAGCGGGUUGUCCACAGACUGCUUAUACGUUGAUCCCCUGCAACCUGAGGGCUUACAUGUGAGAUGGAUCCUGGAACAUCCUUCAUCCAGUAGGAUUCAAAGUCAUGAGUGAUGUCAUCAGAAGGAAUGCAGGAGAUAAAUGUUCUUUGGUGGCCACUUGUAUUUUCUGUGUGUAUAUUGUAUGUUGAAAUAUAAGUCAAAUAAAAUCCAUAGAUAUUCAGUGAACACCUACUAUGUGCAGAGCACUGUGCUAGGUGCUAGCCAGUAUUGGUUUUAUCCUAAGCCCUGCCAGUGACUAGCUGUGUGAUUUUGGGCAAGUCCCUUAAUUCUUGUGUGCCUCAUUUCCCCCACCUGUAAAGUGGGGGUGACAAUAGUCUCCACCUACCUACCUCACAGGGGUGUUGUGAGGAUUCAUGUGGUAACAUUUGGCGCUUUCAACCUCUAGGAAGAGGUGUGACAUAAACACAUUUUAUUCUUUAAUGUGCUUCGUGCGUGUGAAGAUCGGCGGGCGGAGGAAUUCCACAUUCAGGCAACAGCAGCCACGGUCACUCGCCCAAGCCGAGCCGAUGGAAUACACACCAAGGCACAGUUAGGACGCACUCAUCAUCCUCUUUGUGGUCUUGCUUGAGUUGAAACCUUUCGUUGAAAGAACCUUGGAAAUAUUUUUACAGAUCAUCAACAGCUACAAACAGUCUUCAACUCUACUGUAUAUUUGCAGAGACGUCUCUUUUGUUGCCUGAACUCACACUGGAAAGCUGUCCUUUGUUGAUUCCGGAGUGUUAAGUUGCCUAUGUUUAGUUUACCUGGAGGGUAUAAAGCUCAGGAAUAAGAUCUAUUUAAUAGAAGUGAAGGGGAAAGGAUUUGAUUGAUUUUUUUUUUUUAAGCAGAAGCUCGCCAACUUGUAAUGUGUUUUUUGAAAACAAACUUUGCAAGAUGUACUGAAAAGAUGAAGCAGGAAGAGGAUCGUUGUAAAUGGUAGCAAAGCACUUUGUGCCGUGUAGACUCUAUGCAGUUUUUAUUAAUGCAACUUUUCUGGUCUUCUCGGCCCUUGCCCACUGAGGGGAAGUCAAUGCUGAGGAGAAUCUUAAUGUUUCUUAAGGAUGUCCCCUCCCCUUCCUGUCCUCUCUUUCCCUCCCCAUAGAGCACCUGAACUCUUGGGGUUACAGUGUUGACUAAGGCAAUCUAUCUCUGAAGACAUGGUUUUGGUUGACUUAGAACAUUUUCCAGUGAAAUAUGGGGUGAAGAUCCUAGGGCGAUGGCUGUGGAUUUGGGCUUCUGACCACAACUGCCUGGGGAAGGGCUAUUCCUAAUGGGGUUAAAAAGGAACUUCUUAAAAUACAGCAACUUCUGAGAAGUUCAUAUACUUUAUUUGAAAAAGACUCUGAAUAUAGUUUUGGCAAAACAGUCCUAGAAUGCUGUGGAUUCACAAAGAUGUAAUGGGAGAGAGUUUUUGAGGUGAUUUACCAUUUAAGCAAUGUAUAACUGGGAAGAAGUGCUGAAACACUCUAAGCUAAAGAUUUUUAUUCCACAUAAAACUCAGUUGUUAGUAUCUUAUCAAACCCUUCAUCUUUGAGGGGACUGUUUGCUGUCUAAUGAGAAUGUGUUGGAAGAUAUAUGAAUGGAUAAGCCUAUCUUGUUUCCAGUAUCAUUUCCAGGAUUACCCACCUCUUAUCUCUCUUGCAAAUGCAUUCCAAGACCAACUGGUGGUAGUUCUGUGUGACAGGGAAAGUCCUGGCCUGAAAAUGUGAAUGGAGUCGACAGACUCUGGAUCUAGCUCUGCUAAGACUGAGUUGCCCUUUCCCCACCUUCAAAGUGGUGUUUGAAAUUUUGUCUAUAAUUUAUUCUUCCUGUAUAGCACAAAGUAUACUGUAUCUUCAUGCCAAGAAGGUUUAAGUUAUGAGUAUGUGGGGUCACAGAUAUUUUUUAUUGUGUAUUACUUGGAGGGCACAUCCAUGGAGAACCAACAUUAAAUAUGUGAAACCUUCAUUCAUUCUCUCCAGGUGCCUCCCACGGGGGCUGAGUCCUGGGUACUGCCCGACCCCUCAUGCUUGGGUACUCAGCAUUUUGUAGGUAUAACUUGAUUAGGAACCCCAGAAUAUACCCAGGUUUUACUUUCCCAAAGUGGGUUAUGGAAAAAUAAUGACUAAGACAAAACCCACAGUGGUGUGGGCGACUUAUGCAGUCUUGAUUAGGUGGGCUUUAAUUUUAUAUGUUUCGUUCUUAGGCUGCCCAGAUUGAACUGUUCUCCUAUUUGAUGAACAGGUGCUACUUAUAAGAAAAAUAACAAGAAGUUAGGGGAUGUUUUGGUCAUCUGACUCUCUUGUUCAAGUUCUGUAUUUCUUUUUUAUUGGAAGAUAAGGAAGUGUGAUCUUUAAUGCUAAGAGAUGCUUUUGGAUGGCCAGAAGACCUGUGGGCUACCUGUUCUUUUUAACCUUUCAUUGUAAAAUUAAAUUCUGUCUUUUUCUCUACUUCCCUUUGCCCCACCCCACCCUCAUCUCCACUUCUCUGGAUGAAGGAGCAGCCGAAUUAUACUUUGCCUUGCAUAUGUCAGAGUAGAUAACAAGGAUGAUUUAAAUUUAUGCAGAGAUAAACCGUAUUGCCAGAGGGUCCCAUUUCUUUUAUAACAUCAUCAUUUGUGAAUAUUAAUGCUACCAAGGUGAUGGGCUGCCCAGCUGACUGAUCACAGACUUAGAACAAAUGGACUUGAACUAGAACUUGAGUCUCAUCCUCACAUGAGCCCUACUUGUGUGUACUGGGGUAUGAGGAUAUGUGUUUGUGAAACAACUAGGGUUCAAGGAAAGGAGGUGUUAAGGAUUGUAGCUGUGGGAGUCUUGCCCAGAUUACUCGAGAGAAAGUAUAGACUCAUAGACAUGGAUAGCUGGGUGGUGGAUUUGCUCUGGAAAGCCAUAUUUAUUUGAAGGGCAGGCCCAGAACUGAGGUCUUUCACCUUGCCUUACAGAGUUCUUGCCAUUACAUCACCUUGACUUGGAUUAUUUUUAAAACCACCUCCCUGAGAACUCACUCCAUGUUUGUAGAACCAGCUCAUCCCAGCCUCUCAGAGAGUGCUCGAAAUCUUUCAGUCUUGUCCCCUGUAUCUCUUCACCCGGGUCAGUUCAAGGGAUCUUUGUUUGGUAUCUACUCUGUACAAAGUGCUGCUUGUGAUCUGUGAAUGUCACCAAGAUGGACAUUUAAGUUACCAAGACCCUUGUUCUUGGAUUAGGUCUUUUAAGGAGUCCAUGCCCAUAUGAUCUCUCACUGGGUAUUUAGUUACUCAGUGAUGAGUUGAUAGCCCUUACCCUAAGCCUGGCCCUGGAAUGCACACUGGAUAUAGAGUGGUGAACAGAUGUGGCGCCCUGGUUUUAGGUAUUCUCUUUUGCCUAAGCUUCUGUGAUAAUCUCUUUUACGUGCAUCGCCACUUCCCUGAUCCAUUCUACCCAUCAUCUUAGAUUAAUAUUUCUCAAAACCCCCAUAGGGCACUGUAUUGCUCUAGGAUGAGGUAUUCCUUUGGGCCUGGUGUCCACACAUUUUUAUUCAUCUUGUUUGCCAGGGCUCCUCCAUGUAAGCCAUCCAGUGCAUCCAGGCUGGUCCAUUUGCCGUUGCCUAGACAUGCCUCACGUGCUCUGCUCUGUGCCUCCAUUCAUGCCAGCCCCUCUCCUGAAAUGCCUGCCCUUCCUCUCCUUUGGCUCACACACCUCACAUGGCCCAACCUUGUCAGUUCUGCAGGAAGAGGUCUCAGCUUAUUGUAAUCCUCGCUUCCUCUAGAAACACAGCUCCCAUCACUUCCUUCCCUGAAGGCUGCAUGGGGGGUGGAUUCCUUCCACCAAGGAAGCCCAAUAUCUUUCUAGGGGAAGAGGGUCAUACCCUAGAAAGAUAUUGGGCUUCCUUGGUGGCUCAGCAGUAAAGAGUCUUCCUGCAAUGCAGGAGACCCAGGAGAUGUGGAUUCAAUCCCUGGCUUGGGAAGAUCCCCCGGAGGAGGAAAUGGCAGCCCACUCCAGUAUUCUUGCUGGGAAAGUUGCAUGGACAGAGGAACCUGGUGGGCUAGAGUCCAUGAGUUUGCAAAGAGUUGGAUACAACUGAGCACACACACAGUGGUUUUUUAAUCUUUGUGUCUCUAUUGAUAAUCUAAUGCAAGUCCUAUGCCCUAGUCCCAGAAAAAUAUGGAGAUAUAUGAAAUUUUGCAUAUAAGUUCAGGAGAUGUAGAAAUGUCUUGAAAUUACCUGUGGAUUCCUUAGGGGGUUCAUGGACCACAGCUGAAGAAACCUUGUUUGAAAAACAGCCUUUAAAAUUUACUGCUGUUAGUGUUCAUUCUUGCUUGAUUUUAUCCCAGCCAGACAGGAGACAAAUUAGAAUGGGAGGUGCAAGCACAAGUAAUCUGUAUCGUUAUCCACAUGGAGAGUGCUCUGUGACAGGGAAGGAAGAAGAGGCGCCUCACACUGAUUGAGAAAAUAUCCUUUUUCUGACAAGUUUGGCAUUUUGAAAGUGAAAGGAUUUUGUUGUCAUGAUCAUUGUCAUCUACCUUCUGACCACCCAAAAUGUUGAUUUUGCAAAAUCAGUUCAGGGACAGGGGCUUCACUUCAGCCCUGAAACGCACCACUUCUGCAUGGAUAAGCUGACUGGUCUGUGGCUUAAGGUGGGAGAGAAGAAGCUGGAUUUUUCCUUAUAGGAAUAAGUUCUGCACAAUCAGGUUUUUCUGCAUUAAUUAAUUAAUUGAACAAUUGUUGAGUGUAUUUUCAAUAAAAGGAUGGUGCCUUUUGUUGAUAGGAAACAACUCAGGCUUUUCCUCCUCUUCUUUUUCUUUCCCUUCUCCUUCUUCAUCUCCCCCAUCCUCUCCCUCUUUCCUCUCCUCCUCUUCCUCUUUUUUUUUUUUUAAACGGGUGAGACUAUUUUCAUUGCUCCUGACUAUUACCCAGGAUUCUUUGUUCUCCUGUCUAUGCAGUGCUAUUUAAGAAGAACAAGGACUGAUGAAAGUACAUUCAAUGACAAAUAUUUCUUGAGUCUAAAUGCGGAACUCUGGCAACCCAUUUCUAACAGGUCCAGGAUCUAUUGCCUGUGACUGUGGCAUGCUUGACUUUUAUUCAUUUACUUUUGAUGGUCUGGAUGCAAUUUGCAAAAUUCAAAAGGACCCAUUGGUGUGUGAGCAGGAGGAUCCUCUGGAUGGCAGAACCCUUGCUAAUACCAGGAGUAAAUGCUAAUGGAUGUGGGAUUUUCUUCAUUUUUUUUAGGUUUUUAGUCCCUGACUUUAAAGAAUAUCUUAAAGGUAAUUAAGGCACUUUAAUCUUUAAGAUAACUGGAACCAGCAACACAUUGGCCUUGCCCCUUAAAGAAGGUUACAGAGAAUACUGAAAACAGUGUAAAAGGAAGCAACUCACUGUUUUGGGGCUGACAGUAUGACCUCCUUAACCAUUCUGGCUCUGGCCAAACAGGGACUUUGUCCCCAGACCAAAGCUCUCUGAAACUUCUGCUGCUGGCUAGACUAUUUGCAUGCUCAAAUGUCAAGUGGAUUAUUGCCCCUAAUUAUCAAAUUUGUAGACAAAUAAAGGGGACCAUUGCAAUAAUAAAACAGCUUAUGAAUAUGGUCCAGCCAGCACCAACACUCUUGACCAUUUCCAUGGGGAAACAAGUUAUCUAGAGCCAAACAUUGGUACAGUACUUAGGUGUUCCAUACACAAAGAAUUUCAGCAAUUAACUUGAUUACUGUUAUAAUGUUCUUAAAUAUUUUUCAGCUGCUCUUGUCCCUAAUUACAGCUUUAAAUAUUUUCAAACAAUUCACUAGCUAUAGAGUGAUAUAUAUUUAUGAUGCUAUUUCAUUUUAUGAAAAGUAGUAUUACUAAAAGUGACUAAUUCACCUCCCAUCCCCCAUUGGCAAGCAUCUUUCCCCUCCCUAUUUUUUUACUUUUAGCUCUAGAAUAGAGUAACUUUGAUUGAUUAGUAUAAUUUAGACCUUCUUUAGUAUUAAAAAAAAGUUACCCCAUGGGUUUGAAAACAGUAGGAUUUAGCUCCUAAAUUGUUAAGUUAAUCAGCAGUGGCUAAACAGAUAGCAGAGGGAAUGUGAUAUAAUUCGAGGCUAGAAAGGAGUAAUGCUUUGGGUAGUUACUACCUCCCUCCCUUAAAAAAUACUACAAUCUAUAGACUGUUCUCUUUAAUAGUUGUUCAGAAUUGGAAGUCUUCUCUCAUACUUGUUUCUAUCCCCUAAUAAGAGAUCAUGUUUGGCUUAUUAAAAUAUCAACCGUGUCCAGAUGAUUGUAUUUUUAUCUUUAACAAAUUAUAUCUGAUUUUUUUUGCAGCAAUAAGACUAGAGAUAAUGUUCAAAUUUUGGAGGGAAUCUCUGCUUCAGUAGGAGCAACAUGUUUGUGUGACUCCUGUCAAAAUGACUUUACCUAAAGUAAGCAGUCUCGUGGGAUCGUGCUUAUCAGAAACAUGUGUUUUUCCCAGCAAUCUGUAUCCUGCUGAGUGUCUGACAACUCCACCCUUGAUGAGGGUGAUGUUCCCCUGAAGGUGGUGGUUGAAAAGAUGAGGAUCCAAGUCCUUCCUCUGGUGGUGGUUGAAUUUCACUGAGUGGGAGGAGAAAAGGAAAGAUGAACAGAUACAGGGCUUCAAGCAAUUGUGUGGUGUGGCUGUGUUAGAGAAGUGUCAGGCACGUUGAGAGUGUUCUGAGUGGUGGCAUCUUACUAAAGCAAUCCGAAGGACUACGGGUUUAAAUGAAAGACAAGUGCAAUCUGUAGGGAAGGACUGUUGUGGUUAUUCCAGUGGCCAGUGCAGCAAGCCCUGGAGUAACCUUGAUCUUUGUCCUGGUUUCUGGCUUGUUCUCAUCCCACCUGAGUCUGAGCCUGGGAACUGGAGGAGUGGCCCUGGUGUGUUCACUCCUUUGAUUCUGGAACUUCCUUCUUGUCUCUCAAAAGUGUUUGUGACAUAGAAUUUCCAUUUUCUAAUAUAAAAAAUGUACAAGAGUAUAUUUGUAUAUUUGUUGUAUAGAAGACCCUUAAAUGUUUGGAGACACCCACCUCAUCUCUAUGUAGGCAGUGGUCUCCAAACCUCUGCGCUCAUUGACCUCAUCAGUAAGACUUUCUAAGCAUGCCCCGCAAGGUAUUUAUUUAAACACACACACACACACACACACACACACACACACACACACACACACUGCUCCAAUGAUUUGUUAUGUACAUUAAAAACCAUAGCAAACAUAGAAAUUUACAGGGAAUAGUCUACUCGAUAGAGUUUAGAGUAUGGGGCAAGAAGGACUUAAAGAUAGCACGUAGAAGGCAGCAGUUGGUUAGAGAGUAUGUCUAUAUUGUUGGUGGGCAAGUAGAUGUAAAAUAGGCAUGGAAGCAUGAUUUUAGAUCAAGGUUAUUCAUUCUUAAGAGCCAUUUUUGGCUAGAAGAAAAGAGUGAAUAAUUAGAUGUUACCUUUAUAAGAACUCUUUUAAAUUCUGUUUUGGGGACCACUUGAUAUAGUACAUCUCUUAAAUUCCUGAAAGUUUCCUCAGUACACUGAUUUAAGCAAAACAAGAAAGGAGGGAGGGAAAAACCUCAAUUAUGCAAAUGCUGACUCUCAUGCCUGAGAAUUUCUGAAUCUGAAAAGCACGUUUUGAUAAUUCCUGGUAAUCAUCACCUCACUGAUUAUUUGUCUUUCUUCUAUUUGUUUAUUACCCCGUGUCUCCAAAUGUGUGGGAGAUGUACAGAUUUAUUUUCAGAUACCUGAGAUAGGAGGGACCAAUGUUGGUAUAAUUUGAACCUACAUUUCAGCUGCUUGGGGGCUGAUGGGUGGACACUGCCUGGAAACAAUGACUUGCACCCUCUGUUUGGCAAACACAGUGGAUAGCAUCUUGCUGAACGAGGGCCUCGAUAUGGAGGCGGCAUUCCAGUGUUUACUUCUGGACCUAUGAGUUCCUUUAGCACAGUUAUUGUUAGUAGUUUAUAAAGCCAUAUUUAAACUUGUACACUUGAUUGUAAGAUAGAUUUGAAUUGUGCACUAUGUUGAUUACUGUAUAUAAAUGUGGAGAUUCUGUA